AUCUGUGACAGAAACAUCGUGAAAAAAAGUUGAUUUGCACCCGAUUUACGAUGUUUGUAAAUUAAAAUAUCAAACUCAUCACUCAUCUUUUAAUAAAGCAUGAUAUAAAAUCAAAACAAAUAUGGCAUUCCUUUGUCCAGUGCGAAUCAGAAGGGGAAAAAAGAAAAAAUCCAGCAGUGGCGAUUCCGACAAGGAUCUAUCGCGACCAGGAUCUGGGUUAAGCCCUGGCAUGGGUCGUAUAACAGGAUCGGCAAGUAUAGAAACACUGGUGCGAGUGGGAAUUGAAAAAGAACAUGGCCUCAGCCCUGAUUCUAAAAUGGUAGUCUUGCACGAUUUUGCACCAUGUGUUGAUGAUGAACUUGAGGUAAAACGAGGUCAGAUAGUAAAUGUUCUAUACAGAGAGAAUGACUGGGUGUAUGUGAUAGUAGCAGAGUCUCGUAGGGAAGGCUUUAUACCACACUCAUACUGUGCUCCGUGCGAACAUCAUGAUUUGAAGAAGAAGCUGCCGAGAAGCAGAUCGCCUACUGACUUAGCACAUAGAGAUGUAUCACAAUUAUCACUAUCAGAUGGAGCAACAAACGAUGGUCACUCAGAGUUAGGUAGCGAGGGUGAUGCGUGUCCGUUCAGCAAAGAUCCCUCCGGAAGAUAUGUUGUGCUCUACACAUUUACUGCUAGAGACGAGAAUGACGUUGAUGUGGAGAGGGGCGAAUUUGUUACAGUUUUAAAUAGAGAAGAUCCAGACUGGUACUGGAUUGUGCGAAGUGAUGGCCAGGAAGGAUUCAUUCCAUCUGGCUUUGUGUAUCCUGCUGUUGUACAAGCCGCGCAACAAGAAAACAACCAAAACAUGCAUUCACCGCAAGCAAACCCGAACAACACAAUGUUGUCGAACAACAACAUUAACAACACAACACAACAGGACAAUGAUGGUCGAUACCACGGCACUGAGCUGGUUAUGUUGUAUGAUUAUAAGGCGCAAGCACCAGACGAUUUAUCAGUGAAACGAGGUGAGUGGGUGUACGCAGACCUCACUCAGCAAACGGUAGAGGGCUGGCUGUGGGCCCACGCCCCCAAGUCACGAAGGUCCGGCUUUAUCCCCACCGCGUAUGCUAGAGCACCACAUACUACGUCGCUAUAAGUUUAAUAAUAGAUUUAUUUGAUCCCAACAUCUGUGAAAUUUAUAGUAAUACUAGUUGUUCUACCGUAAUCAUGUCAUUUAGGGGUAUGGAAUAUAGAUGUUGGCCUAUUUUCAGAUGUACCCACACAUAGGAACAGAAAUUUCAUGAUAAUAGGUUCACCGGUUACGGUAUGGUAACUAACAUUGUGACACGAGAAUGUUUGAACAAAGCAAUCUGAUGAGCUUUAAGAAAAUCUCUACACUAAUGUUCAAAUUUGGCGAUUCAUUAUCUAUAAAGUGCUAACAAGUUUUAUAAUUUGUAAUGUAUUUCAUUUUUCGUAUUUCCGUAUGUUUUUAAUUAAUUAAGAAAUAUGCCAAGGAAUUCUUAUGUAUCAAUUUCCUUGUAUUUAGCUUUAAAUCCAGAUGUUGAAAUGGUAUAAAAAAUGCAUCAAAAACGAUUCUUGCCAUUGAUAAAUUUUAAUACUUUAUUUAGAAUGUAAUCAUAGUGUUAAGUGAUCUUGUUAUAUUUUUCUCUUUUAAGACACACUAUCUGCGUAAAUCUUAGCUUAAUAUGAUGAAGGCCAUAUAAUUUAAAUUGUAUCAUACAUAUUUUUAGUCUUCCUUAGAGUUGUUUAUACCUGUAAGGUUCGUGUUUAUAAAAUUUUGCAUUUAUGUAAUAUAUUUUCCGUCCAAAUUUGACUGCGCUUUAUAUUUUCUAUUUUUAUACAUAAGGUUUAGU